AUGAACACACCAACCAGGCAUACACAGCAACCAGACAUACACAUUUCAAGCAAGCAUGCACACAGCAAGCAGGCAUGUACAGAGCAAGCAGGCAAGUACACAGCAAGCAGGCAUGCACAAAGCAAGCAGGCAUGUACACACCAACCAGGCAUGUACACAGCAACCAGGCAUACACAUUCCAAGCAGGCAUGCACAGAGCAAGCAGGCAUGUACACAGCAAGCAGGCAUGCACAGAGCAAGCAGGCAUGCACAGAGCAAGCAGGCAUGCACACAUCAACCAGGCAUGCACACAUCAAGCAGGCAUGUACACAGCAAGCAGGCAUGCACACAGCAAGCAGGCAUGUACACAGCAAGCAGGCAUGUACAGAGCAAGCAGGCAUGUACACAUCAUGCGGGCACGCACACAUCAAGCGGGCAUGCACAAAUCUAACAGGCAUGUAUACAGCAAGUAGGCAUGCACACAACAAGCAGGCAUGCACCGAACAAGAAGGCAAGCACAUUACAAGCAGGCAUCCACAGAACAAGCAGGCAUGUACAGAAUAA